AUGUCGAUGGAUUUGGACCCCGGUGUCCCGAUUACGGAUUAUAAUGCCCAGCAGCAACCAGAAGCAACAAUCCUUUGUUGCAACUGUGGCGCUCCCAUAGAUGGUACAGCAUCAGCUGGCGCAUUAUGCCACGAUUGUAUAAAACUUACUGUCGAUAUCAGCCAAGAUAUUCAACGUGAAUCAGCUCUUCAUUUCUGUCGUGAUUGCGAGCGAUGGCUCCAACCACCAAACACCUGGGUUAGUGCCGCACUCGAAUCGCGAGAGUUACUUGCAUUGUGUCUUCGAAAACUCCGAGGCUUGUCGAGAGUCCGAAUCAUCGACGCCAGCUUCAUUUGGACCGAACCGCACUCGCGCCGUAUCAAAGUCAAGAUCACAAUUCAGCAGGAAGCAUUCCAAGGCACGAUUCUCCAGCAGACUUUCGAGGUUGAAUAUGUGGUCUCUACACAGCAGUGUCCUGACUGUGCCAAAUCCUUCACCCAUCACUCUUGGCGAGCUUGCGUCCAGAUCCGUCAAAAGGUCCCCCAUAAGCGAAGCUUUCUCUAUCUCGAACAGUUAAUGCUCAAACACAACGCUCACCGAGACACAAUCAACAUCAAAGAGGCUAAGGAUGGCUUAGAUUUCUUCUUCUCGCAGAGAAAUCAUGCAGAGAAAAUGGUCGAUUUCUUACAAUCUGUGACACCUGUGCGUGUCAAGAAGUCCCAGGAGCUCAUUUCCAUGGAUAUUCAUACCUCAGUACGACAAUAUAAAAUCACCUAUUCCGUCGAGUUGAUACCCAUCUGUAAAGAUGAUCUCGUCGCUCUUCCGAUAAAACUCGCAAGGUCACUGGGAAAUAUCAAUCCGUUGACGUUGUGUUUCCGAGUUGGCACCUCAAUCAGUCUCCUUGAUCCCAAUACAUUGCAAACAGCUGAAGUGCCAGCGCCCGUAUAUUGGAGACAGCCUUUCAAGAACUUGGCCGACGUGCAGCAACUCGUUGAGUUUGUAGUCAUGGAUAUCGAGCCCGUGGGCGAGUCAAAGGGACGCUUCUUCUUGGCUGAGAUCACAGUGGCACGUGCUUCAGAGAUGGGCGUGAACGACAACACAUACUUCACAAGAACACAUCUGGGCGGUGUUCUCCACGUUGGUGACUCCGUACUAGGUUACCACUUGACUGGAACGAACUUCAAUGACCCCAAUUUCGACGCAAUUCAAGAGAGCAGUCAGUACGGCUCCACCAUUCCAGAUGUUAUGCUAGUCAGGAAGUUCUAUGCUCGCAAGAAGAAGCCCAAGUCACGCAACUGGAAACUCAAGCGGAUGAAUUAUGAAGAGGAGGAGCCCAGCCGCAAACAAGAUUCAGAUCGCUUAGAGGCUGACUUUGAGAUGUUCUUGCGCGAUAUUGAGGAGGAUCAGGAGCUUCGAAGCACAUUGUCACUUUACAAGGCUAAGAACGAAAGUCGCCGGCCUGAGAAGAUGGACGUUGUCGAGGAGCAGGAUGAAAUGGCUGAUGAUAGCAGUGAGGAUGAGGCACCGAAGAUCAACAUGGAAGAAUUGUUGGAUGAAUUUGAUGAGUUGAACAUGGACGACGCGGAAUAG